GCCGGAAGCCCCUCUCUGGGGGGAAAUGCAGCCUCGGUAGUCAGCCCAGGGAGGCGGCGGCGGUAGCUACCGCCAAGAGCUGAUCGCCUGCUUCCUUGCCGCAUUAGCGCCCGGCCUAGAGUGACACGGAAGGGGGGGGGUCCCCGCUUGCUUGGCGCUUACGGGACGAUCCCGAGAGCUGGGAAUUAAGCCGCUUUUUUGCCCACUUUUUUCUCUUGUAAAAAUUAAGCAUGGGUUUUGUAGUCUUGACCUGAAGCUUCGAGCGUGCCUGGAAGCCAGGGGGAUGGGAGUCAAUUGCACGCGUUCAAGUCAAGAUUGACGGACUGUUGCACGCCCGGAGUCUGCGUGGUAGAUGGGCGGCUGUAUAAAUUUGUCUGCGUAUUUGUCUGUGUGUCUGUGAUAUAUACACUUUUCACCAUGAGUGUGGAUUGGAUUGGCUUUGGUUAUGGGUUGGUCGUGGCUCUUGGUGGUAUCAUAGGAUAUAUUCGCAAAGGAAGUAAAAUCUCAUUGGUUUCUGGCCUUUUCUUUGGCUUGCUGGCUUGUUAUGGAGCAUAUUGGGUAACGCAUGAUCCCAAAGAUGUAAAGAUAUCAUUAUUCACGGCUUUUACACUUACCACUAUAAUGGGAGUGAGGUUUAAAAGGACCAAGAAACUAAUGCCAGCUGGAAUCAUAGCAGGUCUCAGCCUGGUGAUGAUUGUGAGGCUUGUUUUCCGGCUCAUAUGAGAAAAGAGGCACUUUCAGAUAUCCACGGAAUCAUUGAAUUAUGGAUGUCCCUUCUGAAAGAUGAGCCAUUUUGGUUGUGAUUAUGAUGACAUAAAAGCAAGGUUAUUCCUCAUGGACUCAGAAAUCCAUUCAUUCCUUAUGUGUGUGGGAUUGCAUUCUUUAAUGUUUUAAGUAACAUUUGUUUUGAUUUAUGUCUUUUUGAGACCGAUGACUAACUUGGCCUUUUAAUUAUUAUUUUAAUUUGUGGGAUAAAUUUUCGAUGUAUGCUUUAUUCUCCCUGGAAUGAGUAGAAGCCACAGGACUUUUAAAACUCAGGUUUGUUAUAUGUGGUGGCAUCUAAUAAAGUCAUACCUAGUCCUGGAUGAUUAUAAUUUCAUAGUUCAAGAUUUGGAAUAAUACAAAUUUAUGUAUAUGGAUUAUAUUGGGCUUCUAUCUUUGUAAGCCACCCAGAGUCACUGAGAGUGAGUUGGGUGACCAUAUAGAUUUUCAUAAAUAAAUAAAAUAAAUAAACCAACCAACCAAAUAAAUAAAUAUUAUAUUUCAGUUCCAUUAAAAUAUUAAUGAAUUCUGUAUUAAUUUCUUAUAAUGCUAAAAAAUUAGCUCCAAAACAGGUCUUGCUUCUGUCUUGAAAUGCAAACAAAUACCAUAUUAAAAAUAAAAACACUUUUAAUAUUUUG